AGUCCUACCAGGGCAUGGCCACAAAUCAUGUGCUGUUGGGGAACAUGAAAGAAGAUCAGUCCAAACCAGAAAUCAAAUGUGAAAGUGCUUCUAAACUCUCGAGAUCUGUUCAUUGAUUUAUGGAGCAGGGUGAAUGCCACCCUUUCUAAAGACAGAAGUGUUACCCUGUCUUGUCCCUGUGAGACUGCGUCUGUCCAAUGACAUUGUGGUGAACCGUAUAUUUUGUCUCAGCCCACAUUCUCCUGGAUUAGUACAACCUUUGGAAGACCUCCCUUCCUCUUCCUUUGCUGUACCCAGCUAACCCAUAUCUUCUGGAAAGAGAUAUAAGCAGCAGGAUCAGUCUCAAGAAGAAGAAUGAAAGCUCGUGCUCCUCCUCCACCAAAUCAACCUUCUGCAGCAAGUAGAAUUCACAGUGAGCACAAGUCACCUGCAGAGACAGCUGUUAUUUCUGAUCAGAACCUUGUGAGCAUGAAGGAGAACAUGAUAAACAGAUCAGUGGACUUCACAGUCAUUUUACCCAGCGGGGUAGAGCAGAAGAGCACAGUACAAGGAAGUAAAGCUGUGAUGGAUCUGUUGGUUGAUUUGUGCAGCCAGUAUCGCUUAAAUCCAUCCCAACAUAGUCUUGAACUGAAGUCUUUGGGAACUCAUCAACCUCUGAGUUACAAGCCAAACACUUUGAUAGGAGCACUGGAUGUACAGACAGUACUUCUGAAAGAGAAGGUUCCUGAGGAGAAGACAAAGAGACCUCUGCCAAGGGUCCCUGAGAAGUCUGUGAGGCUGGUAGUGAACUACCUGAAGACACAGAAGGCUGUGGUUCGUGUUAGUCCAGAGGUGCCUCUCCACAGUAUCAUCCCAGCUAUUUGUGAGAAGUGUGAAGUCAGUCAAGAGCAUGUUGUUCUUCUGCGAGAUGGCAUCACUGGGGAGGAGCUGGAGCUUACCAAGUCCUUGGAGGAGCUGGGGAUAAAGGAGCUGUAUGCCUGGGACAGAAAAAGAGAACCAAGUCGAAAGGCUUCAGUAAGCAAUGAUGCAAUAGAAAAAGAAAAGACAAGACUUCUGGGAUUGUUUAAAGCUGAUAGAAGAAGCAGCAAGGGUUUUUCCACAGCACCAAAUUCCCCUUCGGUGAAUUCUCGUUCCAGUAGCCUGGGUCCAUCACUGUCCCUUGGUAACAUCUCAGGAAUGACAGCAAACCCAGAAGUGAAAAAGCGCAGAGCACCUCCUCCACCAGUUGUGACACCUGCAUUGCAGAACAUGGUGAUGAGUGGACAAGAAAAGAGAGCAGCACAGAUUUCACAAGGAGCAUCCCUGAAUGAUUUACAGAAAAAGAAGAGGCGUGCCCCUCUUCCACCAGCUGCAUCUGCUCCACCCACUCCUGCCAUGCCGAACAGGACAGAAGAGAGGGAAGACAAGAGGAAGAGCACAAUGGUUUACUGUUGUGCAUCAUUCCCUUCAUAUACCAAGCGCGUCUGACAGACCUUGCCUCUUCCUAUGACCUUCAUACCUCUGAAUCUCCUGUUGCCUCUGCUACCCUGAUUCUUCCGUUGCCUUCCUU